GCGCAGUUACACCACAAUGAUGUGAGCUGACCCAACACGCCACAGACCCGCUAAGUACGAUCAUGAGAGACCAGGCCGAAGAAUAAAGACGUUAAAAGCUACGCAUCUUGGAAAUGUUAUGUACGCAAUAGAACACGACAUUUCAGAACCAUCGCAUGUUAAGGGAUUACGGGAUUACUUCUUCUGUGAAGACUUGGAAGCGGACCUGCUGCCCCGCUGAAGACAGAUAAGAUCCGUUCCCGACUGAAGUGCUAUGGCCCCUGCUGCAGGGAGGAGUCCUAGCCUCAGGCCUUCAUAGUGGACAUUGAGCUACCAUCACACACGGGCGUAGGCCAGGGCCAGAUUCCCGGAGCAGGGAUGAUCACUUCCCACAGGAACGGAGGACCUGGAUAUGUAAUAGAGGACCCAAUGGGGCCUGUGAGUGGCACAGAGGGUCUUGGGAGUGAAGCCAGGCUGCAGCAGAGGGAGAGGGCUGUGGACUGCCCCCCUGGGGACAAGGUGGUGGGGACUGGGAGCAGCGUUGUGCAGGGUUCCCGGUGCAGCGCCCAGAUGGAGAGGAUCCAGAGGUACCAGGAAGAGCUGAGGAGGAAGAGGGAGGAGAACGCCAACAAAGGGAAGCAUGAGAUCGAUCUCAACGCCUCACUCAGGCUCAAGAAGCUUGCCCAGAACCCAGCCAAGACGGGUAUCGACAACCCUACGUUCGAAGCGCCUAAGGCGGGCAAGGAGACCAAGGAUGGGAGUCCCCCACUUGGCGGGGACACGGUUGAGGAGCUGGAGGAGCUGCUGGAGGCCCUGCGGCGGGUGCAGAGCUGCCUGGUGGACGCCCAGUCGCAGGCCGACGUGGCUCUGGUGCUGGGCCUGCUGCACAAGGAGGACUUCCAGAGCGCCUUCGCCGUCCACAGCGCCGUGGCCCAGCAGAUGCAGCCGCGUGGCAGCCCGCCCUUGCCCCUCACCGCCCAGGCCCGCAGCCUUUAUCAUGAGGUGCAAUGCAUCCUACAAUCCAGUCACCAGGAGGAAGGUGUAGAGCUCAGGAGCCUACUCACCACCCCCCACCUCCAGGCUCUGAUGCAGGCCCAUGACAGUGUGGCGGAGCAGGAGUUGGAGCCGGACCCAGAAGAGAGAUUGAUUCAGUACCUGGGUGAGACCGUCAAACUGGUGCGGCUGGAGAAGGCCAGCGACAUUCCUCUGGGCGCCACGGUCCGUAACGAAAUGGACAGCGUGGUGGUGAGUCGUGUGGUAAAGGGCGGGACAGCCGAGCGGAGCGGUCUCCUGGCUGAGGGAGAUGAGAUCCUGGAGAUCAACGGCGUGCCUGUCCGCGGGAAGAACGUCAACGAGGUCCAUGACCUUCUGGUGGAGAUGCAUGGCACUCUGACCUUCCUCCUUAUCCCCAGUUCUCAGAACAAAACACCCUCACACAGGCAGACUGUGAUGCACGUGAGGGCUUACUUUAACUACGACCCGUCUGAUGACCCGUACGUGCCGUGCAGGGAGCUGGGCCUGUCUUUCCAGAAGGGAGACAUCCUCCACAUCAUCAGCCAGGAUGACCCCAGCUGGUGGCAGGCCUACAGGGACGGGGAUGAGGACAACCAGCCCCUAGCCGGGCUAGUUCCAGGGAAGAGCUUCCAGCAGCAGAGAGAAGCUAUGAAGAAAAACAUUGUGGACAGGAAUCCUGACAGCCCAGGGAAGCUUUGGUGUGCAAUGAAGAACAAGAAGCAGAGGAAGAAAACCAUGUACAACCCCAACAGGAACGUUGACUACUACGCCGACGAAAUCCUGACUUAUGAGGAGAUGGCACUCUACCACCAGCCGGCCAAUCGCAAGCGACCUAUCGCCCUGAUUGGUCCACCCAACAGCGGGCAGGACGAGCUGCGGCAAAGGCUGCUGUCCAUCGAGCCGGACAGGUUCGCCGUCGCCGUGCCACAUACAACUAGAAACCCACGCAUACAUGAGAAGAACGGGAGGGAAUACCACUUUGUAAACCAGCUGGCGUUUGAGGCGGAUGUGGCAGCGGGGAAGUUCAUUGAGUCUGGGGAGUACGAAAGGAACCUGUACGGCACCAGCAGUGACUCGGUUCGACAGGUCAUCAACUCAGGCAGGAUCGGUCUGCUGUGCCUGCACACUAAGUCACUGCGGGUACUGCGGUCCUCCAACCUCAAGCCCUAUGUGAUCUUCAUUGCGCCUCCCUCUCAGGAGCGAUUGCGCACCCUGCUGGCCAAGGAUGGCAAAAACCCAAAGCCAGAGGAGCUGAAGGAGCUGAUUGAGAAGGCCCGGGAGAUGGAGCAGGCCUACGGGCACCUGUUUGACGCGGCCAUUGUUAACAGCGAGCCAGACACGGCAUUCCAGGAGCUCUUGCGGCUCAUCAACAAGCUGGACACGGAGCCCCAGUGGGUGCCCUCCUCCUGGCUGUGCUAGGGGUAAGAGGUUAGGGUUGAGUGGUCAACCUCGCGGCAACUCCAGGAAGCCACAGGAAGGAGGGUUUGGCCUGGAUUGUGUUCAUUAGGCACCAAAUGGAAGAAAACGUAUUGAAACAGGAAGGGAAUACCUGGACUUAUCCAAUGUGAACCAUUUGUUUUAGUUUUUCAUAGAUAAAUGUUUUAACACAUUUCACAACGGUGUAUCCUAAUGAACAUGACCCAUAACACAGCUCUGGAGGAACGACCCUAAAAGGAAGGAUGGACAAUGAUCAUUGAGGCCACUGUUAGACCAUUGUGGAGCCUCGCAGACACAAAAUAGAGGGCCCAUUCAUUUUUGCCAGAAAGGGUAACUUGUCCUUUAUCUAGCCUUCUUAUGAAAGUUGGAGUUUACUCAUUUGCAGGGAUGGACUUUUUAUUAUAUAAGUGUUUGUUUCUGUGUUUGUCUUUGUGAAUGUUCUCUUGGGUUUUUGUCAAUGUCGGCACCAUUCCAGAUUCCAGUAGCAUAUGCAAAGACAUUUAUCCAAAACUGUAGAAAACAUAUUUCCAUUUUAUUCUACUCUAAAUAGCUAUUUAUAAUUGUAAAUAUCUAUUUUUAGAUGAAAUGGCAAGCAAAUGUGAUUUACCAUUACAUCAGACCCAGUCUAAUAAUGUAUGGUUUGUUUGUAUGUGGUAUACAAGACUGGAACUGUCUGUCUACAAUUGAGGACCAAUUUGCUCCUGGGGAACUACAGUGGGGCAAAAAAGUAUUUAGUCAGCCACCAAUUGUGC